UAAUCUUUCAAAGCAUAAAAUACUAUAGUCUUCAAGCAUUUAUCGCAUGCAACAAUGGCUUAUCACGACAACCAAUCUAUUUUCUUGGUAUUACUUGUCACUUUGUCUUUAACAAGCUGCAACAUAUUUCAAGCAGAAGCGCGCCAUCUUCUUGAAGUAACUUUGCCUGAGCUUCCUAAACCUGAAUUGCCUGAAAUCCCAACUUUGCCUAAGCUUGAAUUCCCUGAAAUUCCAAAACCUGAGCUGCCAACUCUGCCACAACCUGAAUUGCCUGAAUUCCCAAAGCCUGAGCUGCCUACUCUGCCAAUACCUGAAUUUCCCCCGAUGCCAAAACUCGAGCUUCCUACAAUUCCUAAACCUGAAAUCCCAACUUUGUCAAAGACAGCAAUGACUCAGAAGCCUUGAGUCAAGUAUCCUCUUUGCUAGCUAGUGAUUGAAGCAGCGCUGGUGAUCAAUGUUAUAGUACUUCCCAUGUGUCAUCUGUUUUUCUUUUCUUGUGUGCUGGAAUUGUUUGCAGCUUCCCUUUGGAAGGAUUAUCUAUAUAUAUAUGUGAUAUUUCUAUCAUCAGUCGUUUGUGUUUCUACUGGCAUUAAAUACAGUAUACGAUAUUUUUACGCUUUUAAC